AUUCAGAGACGCGGAGAAGAAGAAGAGGAGUGAGAGAGAGAGAGAGAAGGAGAGAAUGUCUGCUGAGAGGGUGGCUCUCGUUCCUCGUUCACAAACCGGCCCUCGCUGAGACACCAUGGGCUGUAUCGGCUCCCGCACCAUCACGGUGGAUGCAGUUCCCGUUCGGAAAGAUGGGGAGCAGCAAGGACGUGCCGAGUUUUCCUGGGAAGGAAUGAAUCUGUCCAUGGAGGACACCACCUCCAUUUUGCCCAGUCUGAAGCGGAACUCCAACGCCUAUGGGAUUGGGGCUCUGGCUAAGUCCUCUCUGACAGGUGUGUCAGGUGUUACCAGAUCAAUGAAGGACAAAGUGACCAAGCCCACUGCCAUGGCUCAGGGUCGUGUGGCCCACAUGAUUGAGUGGCAGAGCUGGGGUAAACCAUCCGCAGGGCCAGAAGGGGGAGCGGGACGCUCCAAUCUGAACCGCGAGAGGGAGAGACGGCUUGAAAAUGAUGCCUAUACUGACCUGAGUGAUGGAGAAAAAGAGGCACGAAUGGCAGCGGGCAUUUUGCAGCAAUUUGCCAUUUCUGAGGCCACACUCUUAGCCUGGAACUCUAUGGAUGGAGAGAGUUUUAAAAGAAUAGCUGAGUCCACACCACAACUAUAUUGAUAACGACACAGAGGAAUGCUAUCAUUGGAAUCACUUUCAGAACGAGACCACCCGUUGCAUCAUUCCUCUGCAGAAGUGUGGCCUCACACCUACGUCUCUCAAGGCCUUUACUGUCUCUCCUCCUCUGACGCGUGGGAGCCAAUCAGCAACGAGCCCUCGGGCGUGGCUUCUCCUGCUGCUGGCUCUUAUAUCAUGGCGGGCGGGACUUCGGGAGAGGGUUAUGAUGGCUCCACCCACUAUUUACCACAGCAGCAGCUGACACUGCAGCAGCAGAACCACCUACAGCAGCUCCAACAGUAUCAGCAGCAGCAGCUCCUGCAGUAUCAACAGUCUAUGGAAUAUCGACUGCGCAGUGCCUCCCACUCCUUACAAGCCACGCCCAACAGCACUAUUCACAGUUUGGGCCCGCCCACUCACCCAAGACUGGCUGACCUGUGGGCGGCAGCUCAGGUGGAGCCCCAUCAGGUGGAGAUGAUGGGACACAUGGGCAUGACCAUGGCCGAAAUGGGAAUGGCAGAAGUGUACGGCGAGGAAUCUGUUGUAGAGAACGAAUGCAUCCCGGAGCAGCAAGAGGAAGAGGAAGCCAAGGAGGAUGACAUAACACUCACCCUCGAACCCGAGUCGACAUCCUUAACUCCUGCCCUGACCCCUCCGCCUCAAAGAGAGGGCUCCACCCCACCUAGGGGCAUGAGCCCAGGGCAAGUACCAGCAGAGCCAGUGGCUGAGCACAUGACCUAUGAGGUCACAUCCUGCGUCGUCCAAUCGCUGGAGGAGAAGGAAGAAGAGGUGGAGGAUGGGGCUGUUGUCAUUGUGGCAACCAACUGACGGUUCAAAAAACAAAACUGUCUGUGAAAUAAUCAACCAGUUAAGCUAUUGUAUACGCCCUUUUACCCCAGAUGUGUACUUGUACGGACUAUCACAUCAGGAACAGAUUUAUUCGUUAUUAAACGCCGAAAGAACAUGCUCUGAGCACCAGGCGCAUUUAAAGACUAAACGUGGGAGAGCGUCAAAGCCGGGAUGAUGCAUUACAUGUGCUGCUGCUGCUGCUGUUUUAUGGCGGGAGCGCGGGAGUCCAAGGCCGCUUGCGAAUAAAAA